UUCAGUUCCUCGUACCUUUGCACCGCCACCGCCACCACCGGGGGUUCCGUCGGAAAGCCUGCCGCGAGAAGAGCAGCCAUGGCCCGCGUGGUGGUUGACGGGAUGCCGGAGACGGCCGUCGGAGGAGGAGUGAUGCUUAACCGGCGGAGGAGCAAAGCCAGACGGAGAAAGCGAAAGGAGUUGUUCGCCGUCCAGAUGUGCUUUGCGGGGGUACUGCUGGGGCUCGUCGUAGGGCUCCAGUCUGUAGCACAGAAAGCAGGAUAUCACGUCUCCAGCUCUGUGGUUGUGGAGAGGGCGAGGUCGGGCGGUCGUCACCUUCUACAAGAAGUCUUUGACAAUGAGUCCAAGCUCUACUCUGAGCCUGAGAAAAACUGCACUGAACCAGCAAUCCACGAGUUCCCCAGGGAUUACUUCACCAACCAGGAGAGAGCUGAAGGAGCGGUGGGCCUGCACGUCCUCUGUGCAGUCUACAUGUUCUACGCCCUGGCCUUGGUCUGUGACGACUACUUUGUUCCCUCACUAGAAAAGAUAUGUGAGCGUCUUCAUCUGAGUGAGGAUGUUGCGGGAGCGACCUUCAUGGCAGCAGGCAGCUCAGCUCCUGAACUGUUCACCUCUGUCAUUGGAGUGUUCAUCACUAAAGGUGACGUCGGGGUCGGCACCAUCGUGGGCUCAGCCGUCUUCAACAUCCUCUGCAUUAUUGGAGUGUGUGGGAUAUUCACCCUGCAGACAGUCCGUCUGUCCUGCUGGCCUCUGCUCAGAGACUCUGUCUACUACACUCUGUCGAUCUCUGCUCUCAUAGUGUUCAUAUACGAUGAAAAAGUGGUUUGGUGGGAGGCCCUCACGCUGAUUCUGAUGUAUUUUGUCUACAUUUUGAUCAUGAAGUUGAAUUCCCAUGUGGUUCGUUUUCUGGAGAGGAGGAAGAAGAACUCGUCCAGUCUGAGGAACGGAGCGGCCAGUAACGCUGAGCUGGACGACGGCUGUGAUGCUACAGCUGUUCUGCUGAAGAAAGCAAACCACCACAGGAAGCCGUCAGUGCUGAUGGUGGACGAGCUGCUGUCAGCGUACCCCCAUCAGCUGUCCUUCUCCGAGGCUGGCAUGAGGAUCAUGAUCACCAGCCACUUCUCCCCCAGAACCCGCCUCACCAUGGCCUCGCGAAUGCUCAUCACAGAGAGGCAGCGUCUAAUCAACACACGGACUUUGACCAAUGGCGACUCCGAUGUUCCGGUGAAAGGAGGAAGUAGGCGGGGCAUUGAAAACGGGCUGUCCGGAGCAGAGAGGGGUCUCAACAUUCGCCACGAUGACCGAGAGACGGGUAACGAGACGGAGAACGAGGACAACGAGAACAAUGAGAAUGAUGAAGAGGAAGAAGAAGAGGAUGGAGAGGGACCCUUUGUACCUUUCCAGUGCCCAGCCGGUGUGUGUAACAAGCUGAAGUGGCUGCUGGCCUGGCCUCUGUGCCUGCUCCUGUACUUCACCGUCCCCAACUGCUCCACGCCUCGCUGGGACAACUGGUUCAUGCUGUCCUUCGUCUCCUCCACCCUGUGGAUCGCCGGCUUCUCCUACAUCAUGGUCUGGAUGGUUACGGUUAUAGGCUUCACGCUCGGCAUCCCAGACGUCAUCAUGGGCAUCACCUUCUUGGCGGCUGGCACCAGCGUACCGGACUGCAUGGCCAGCCUCAUCGUGGCAAGACAAGGAAUGGGAGACAUGGCGGUGUCCAACUCCAUCGGCAGUAACGUGUUUGACAUCUUGGUUGGGCUUGGUCUACCCUGGGCCCUGAAGACCCUCGCUAUCAACUACGGCUCUGACAUCAAACUGAACAGCAAAGGCCUGAUCUUCUCUGUGGGACUCCUGCUGGCGUCUGUGUUUCUGACCGUCCUUGGAGUUCACCUAAACAAGUGGACUUUGGACAAGCGUUUGGGUCUGAUGUGUCUCCUCCUCUACUCCAUCUUCCUGUGUUUCUCCUGCCUCAUCGAGUAUAACAUCUUCACGUUUGUCAACCUGCCGACCUGUCGGGACGACUGACGCAAACACACAGACACAGACACAGACACACAGACACACACACACACACAGAUACACACAGUCAUGUUUCCAUCUUUUCAGAGGACAUUACAUUGUCCUACAUUCAUUUUAACCUGCCUGACCCUAAACUGUUCCUCUGACCUUAAACCAAGCCCCCCCCCCCCCCCCCCCCCCCCCCGAAAAAAAAAGUCCCCACAAUGUGACUGUGGAAACAGAUUUAUGUCCCCACAAAAUGAGUGGUAUACUCCCACCACUACUCGCCACAGACACACACACACACACACACACACACACACAGUUUGCACAGCUAUCCUUGUUAGGACAUUGCACUGACCUCAGAAAAGACGUUUUGCCUCAUUAGGACCAGACUUUUGUCCCCAUGAGGACUACUGGUCCCCGACACUACUGGUCGGUGUUUAUACCGGAAAAGGUCCCAAAGAGGUAAUAAAAAAAAUACCACACACACAGACACAAAUGUGCACACACACUUGCACGAAAUCCCAAAUGGCAUUAAGUAUUAUAGAGACGGUGGUGUCCACUGUCAUUUCAAAGCUGAUUAACAGGAGGCGUGAACAGAGAAUACCACUGAACACAGGUCUGAUUCACACAGUGUUUCCUGUGUGAA